AUGAUAUUGCCUAGUACAUUGAAGGCUACCAGUAAAGAUACUUGGGCAUACAUGAGUGUGAAGGAGCUGAAGGAGGCACUGCAGCUCAACAGUACUCACUUCCUCAAUGUCUACUUUGCUAGCUCAGUGCGGGAAGACCUUGCUGGUGCUGCCACCUGGCCUUGGGACAAAGAAGCCAUCAGUCACCUGGGUGGUGUCGUCCUCAACCCAGCCUAUUAUGGCAUGUCUGGCCAUACCAACAUUAUGAUCCAUGAGGUGGGGCAUGUCCUGGGACUCUACCAUGUCUUCAAAGGGGUCAGUGAGAGGGAAUCCUGUGAUGACCCCUGUAGGGAGACAGUGCCAUCCAUGGAUACAGGAGACCUCUGUGCCGACACUGCCCCUACUCCCAAGAGUAAGCUGUGCCAGGACCCAGAGCCUACCAAUGACACCUGUGGCUUCACCCACUUCCCAGGGGCUCCAUUCAGCAACUACAUGAGCUAUACAGAUGAUGACUGCACCAACAGCUUCACCCCUAACCAAGUGGCCCGGAUGCAUUGCUAUUUGGAUCUUGUGUAUCAGCAGUGGAGUCAAAAUCGGAAGCCUACCCCCAUCCCCCUCCCACCCAUGGUCAUUGGGCAGACCCACACAUCCCUCACCAUCCACUGGCUUCCUCCGAUUAGUGGCGUUGUGUAUGACAGGGUCCCAGGCAGUGUGUGUGGUGCCUGCACUGAAGAUGGGACAUUCCGUCAGUACGUGCACACAGCUUCCUCCCGGCGUGUGUGUGACUCCUCAGGUUACUGGACUCCAGAGGAGGCUGUGGGGCCUCCAGACGUGGACCAGCCUUGUGAGCCGAGCUUGCAGGCCUGGAGUCCUGAGCUCCACCUGUACCAUAUGAACAUGACAGUCCCCUGCCCUGCAGAAGGCUGUAGCCUGGAGCUGCUCUUCCAGCACCCGGUCCAAGCUGACACCCUUACCCUAUGGGUCACCUACCUCUCCAUGGACUCCUCCCGGGCACUCUUUGACACGGAGAUCUUGCUGGAACACCAGGAUUCUGUGCACCUGGGCCCCUUAGACACUUUCUGUGACACCCCACUCACUAUCAAACUGCAUGUCGAUGGGAAGGUCUCAGGGGUGAAAGUCUACACCUUUGAUGAGCGGAUGGAAAUUGAUGCAGCUCUGCUGACUUCCCAGCCCCACAGUCCCUUGUGCUCUGGCUGCAGGCCUGUGAGGUACCAGGUUCUCCGUGAGCCCCCAUUUGCCAAUGGCUUGCCCAUGGUGGUGACAAAUCCUCACAGGAAGUUCACGGACGUGGAGGUCACACCGGGGCAGAUGUAUCGAUACCAAGUUCAAGCUGGAGCUGGGACAGAUCUGGGAGAAGCUUCACCUCCGCUGAGCCAUAUCCAUGGAGCUCCUUACUGUGGAGAUGGGAAGGUGGCGGGGAGCCUGGGAGAAGAGUGUGAUGAUGGGGACCUUCUGAGCGGAGAUGGCUGCUCAAGGGCGUGCCAGCUGGAGGAAGGCUUCCACUGUGCAGGGGAGCCAAGCCUAUGUUACAUAUAUGAGGGAGAUGGGAUAUGUGAACCUUUUGAGAAGGAAACCAGCAUCAUAGACUGUGGCCUCUAUACUCCCAAAGGAUACCUGGAUCAAUGGGCCACCCAAGCUUACUCCUCUCAUGAAGACAAGAAGUGUCCUGCUUCCUUGGUAACUGGAGAACCUCAUUCAAUGAUUUGCACAUCAUACCAUCCAGAUUCACCAGAGCACUAUCCCCUUACUGGCUGGUUUCCCUGUGUCACCAAUGGAAAUAGACCUCAGGAUAAAAGAAGUGAGCAGACAGAAGGUAGCCUGGAGAGAGAGGAUGAGGUGUGGCUAAAAGUGUGUUUCAGUAGACCAGGAGUGGCCACGGCAGUUUUCGUUUUCUUGACAUCUGAUGGCCCAGUACUCAGAGAACAUCAGCGGCCGACAGUGACUGUUCACCUGACCGAUGUCAGUGGGAACAACCACUCUCUUGGAACCUAUGAGCUGUCAUGCCAGCAUAACCCACUGGUUAUCAAUGUGACCCAUCACCUGACUGUCCUCUCCCACCAUACCACCUCAGUGCUGCUGAAUUUCUCAUCCCCAUUGGUGGGCAUCUCAGCAGUGGCUCUAAGGACAUCUUCCCACAUAAGUCCUUCAACUCCCAAUAAGUGCAUCCCAGAGCAUGAGGGGCAAAAUCAUCAGGGACAGAGAUAUGAGUCAUUACAUGAACAUAAUGUAAUGGAAACAUUGAUUGUAACUUCUCUACUCCUACAAGAUGAUAAAUGCAACAGAUCCCCCAGCAUUGAAUCUUCUGAGGAUGAACAUCAUCUCCUUCUCCAGGGCAUGGGCUGA